AUUUUCAGGUACAAGAAGAAAUGCAACACAUUUACCAGCCUAUUUCAACCAGUCAUGAAAAUAAUGUUCAUCCUAUUUUAGAAGAUAUUAAAAUAAGUUGUAGUGAUAUCAAAAGUACCUCAACAAUUACUGAUGUGGAUGAAAAUCGUGAAAGCUGUUCAAUCGUAAUAAAUAAAACUCAAGAUGAAGCUUUCCAAGAAGCAAAUAAUUAUGUAUGCUCCGAGAUGUUGGAUUGUACUUGGUCAUCUAGUGCUAACGAAAAUUCUGUUGAGCAUAAUGUAAAAGAUUCAAUCCCAUGGCCUCCAAAUCCGAACGAAAACAUGGAGGGAUACAUACGACUUUUCACCGCUCAUCACGAAAUAGUAACAGCAAAGAUCAAAUUAAUAGUCGCCCUCGGAAUCUCACAAAAGAGCCACCUGGAGCUGUUAAUUUUGAAAGAAGUUAUCAAAUUUGCCAAGCAGUAA